UAUUCCGUAUUAGUCUCUGCUACUAUUUAUUCUAAAACCGGAAGUGAAAGAUUUUGCAGUCGACAAAGUUUGGGACAGACAAUUCCAACACAAUUUUGGCUUUUGUCGAAGAUUGUAUAAUAUUGCAUAUUGUAUAGAGAAUACAGCAGAAACUCCAGAUGAAACUGAGAUGGUUUGGAUGAAGGGAUAUGGUUUGAUUGAUUAUCUUAAGUAUUAAACAAACAGCAUUCCUUAUGUCAUUUCUGAACUGUGCUUGUACCAAAUCUCACACUCAUGAAUCUCCAGCUAAUGCACCUUAUUCUAGAAAACCUCAUCCUCUGAAAUCAACAAACAAAGAUGACUUAGACAGUAAUGGGGAUGUAGGAAGAAUGAUGGAAUAUGUUGCUGAUCCAUCAUUAUAUGAACUAUAUACAGUUAUAGGUAAAGGUUGUGAAGAAGCCAUUACAAUUACAUUUACUCGGUACACACCCACAGGAGAGAUUGUAGCUGUGAAGAGGAUUGACUUGGAUCAUUAUCCUCAUGAUGUCUCAGUAUUACAGAAUGAGAUAAUCCUGUCCAGACAGCUACACCAUGAAAAUAUUCUACCAACUAGAGCAACUUUUGUUACAAAUAAUGAAAUCUGGUCAAUCUUGCCAAUCAUGGCAUAUGGGUCUUGUAAAGAUUUACUUCAUGCCUAUUUUGGAAAUGGGUUAUCAGAGUUAGCAGUAGCCUACAUAAUGAGAGAUGUAAUCCAAGGUAUAGAAUAUUUACACAGCAAAGGUAUUAUACAUAGGGGCAUUAAAGCUAGUCAUAUACUCCUGUCAGCAAAUGGACAUGUGUCGUUGACAGGAAUACGUAAUGCAUAUUGUAUGAUAAAGAAUGGGCAUCGACUAAGGACAGUACAUGAAUACCCAAUCACAUGUGUGUCCAUGUUGAAAUGGUUUAGUCCUGAAAUUUUAGCACAGAAUUUAACUGGCUAUGACACAAAAUCCGAUAUCUACAGUAUAGGUAUAACAGCUUGUGAGUUAGCCAAUGGGGCAGAACCGUUUGCAGACAUGCAGUUAACUCAGAUGUUAAUGGAGAAGAUGCAUGGUACAAAGCCUGUCCUUAUAGACUGUACAACCAUUGCUGAUUUAGUUGGAGAUGAUGAUAAUGCAACACAAAUUGCGCAAGAUUCUGGAAUAGAUGUAGACACAGCCAAAAGUAGAGCAGAAGUUGUAGAUAUUGCCAGCCGUAGGAAAUUCUCUCAACACUUCCAUAACUUUGUUGAUGUUUGCUUAGAAAAAGACCCUACUCAAAGGCCUACUGCAUCAUCACUAUUAAAUCAUUCAUUUUUCAAACAUUUGAAGAAAAGGUCAUGUGAUUUUUUGCCAACAUUAGUUCAGCCUGUUACCCCAUUGAGAGCAGACAUGUUACAAUCAGCAACACCUUCUCCUGAAGAUGAACUUGUAGCUGAUCUUCAAAAUAUUAAUGUGGAUGAUUGGGAAUUUUGAUGAAAGUUGCUGGUUUUUGUAGAGGAUGUCAGAAUAUUUAUGUGGAUUAGGUGGAAUGUUAAUGAGGAUGUACUAAAGGAUCCAAAAUGUAUGCUAUUGAUUUGUACUGUUUUUCAUUGUUGGGAGUGUUUGGAAGAUAAAACUGUUUUGUAUUUGAUGUAAAUAAAGCAUACCCUUUUUAGAAUGUAUUUUGAUGUUUGGAGUAUUCUCAAACAAAAUUGCAAGUUAAAUUAAACUUAUAGAUGUAUGAUAUUCUUGUUGAAGGUCAACAAUUACCAUGUUUUCAUUAAAAUGCAUUUAGAUGGCUAUACAUAAAAGCAGAAUGUAAUGUUAGUAAGACUGCUGAAAAUGAGGUGGAGGACAUUGUCAGAAAAUAACUGACAAUGAGGGUGUGGUUUUGUUAAGUGUAUUAUUGCAAAGGAAAUAAAACCUUUCCCAGAAUAAGUUGAAGUUGACCUGGCCAUUUAAGUUUUUUUUAGAAGGAGUUUAAAUUGCCUUAGCAUACCAAGUAAAAUGAAUAUCCUGAUUUGUUAGAAGUACAUAUCAUGACUAAAAC